AAAUCUCGAAGCGAGAAACGUCAUGCUUAGGAGCGAGACCAGCGGCUAAGAUGGCUGCCUACCGAGGAAUUAUCGUAUGCAAUCGUAUGUGUUGCGUUGUGAGUUAACUGAAAUUGUUGCUUGUUCUGUUUUCCAAUUGACAAAAGUUACUAUGGGCACCUCCGACUUAGAGUGUUUGGACUCAAAGAAGGAUCUGGUAGAGAUAGAUUCUGAGUCCGAUAUGCUAGGAGAUCAAAAAAAGAAGAAGAAAAGGAAACACAAGCAUCAUAAACAUAAAAAAGAUAAAAUAAUUGAAAAAGAGGAUAUAAAAGUUGAUCGGCAAGAAAGGAAGAAACAUAAGAAACAUAAACGUCCUAAAAAAGAAAGGGAUAAUGAGAAUGGUUCUGUUGAUGACAAAACUGUACCUCGUGUAAUUCAUAAAGAGGCUGAUGUAAAUGGAAAAGUGGCAAAUUCUCAGUUAGAAAUAGUGUCUACCGAGGAAAGCGAUGAUGAAAAAUUAGUUGAUUUGGAUUCGGAUGAAGUAGAUUGUACAAUUAUAGAAGACGAUAUUGAUCUCGAAGAGCUAAUGAAACAAAAGGAACGACUGCAAGCAUGUUUAGUGCAAUAUCUCUCAGACGAAUCUGACAAGGAGGGAAAAGAACCAGAACAAGAAGUGGUAAAGGUAUCUGAAACCCCUGACGUAAUUCUAGUGGAAGACGACAGUGGUGAUGACAGCGCAACUCGUAAAAAGCGUCAAAGAAGCAGAUCGGGCAGCAGAGAGCGUAAAAAGAUUUCCAAAAUCGAAAGACGUGUCGUCGUCGACAUGACACGAGACAGAAGGAGUCGCGAGGAACCAAAAGACAAACGUAGAGAAUCCGAAAGAAGACGAGAUGACAAAGUGCGUAGUAGGGAUGACGUGAAGAGGGAUGAUGUUAAAAGGGAUGACAGACAGACACGUAAAGUCGUCGAAAGACCAAAGGAAGAUUCAAGAAGGGAUGAUUCACGAAGGAGACUAGAAGAAGAGAGACGCAAGGAAGUAUCGAAACGUGAGGAGGUGCGUAAAAGGGAACACGAUCGAAGAGAAGAUGAACGUAAACGAGAAUCAGAUCGUCACAACUCGACAUCACGAAAUGACUCAAAAUCAGGAGAUGCCCGCUCUGACUCUCGUCAGCGUGCAAUAAAACGCGACAGUCGGGAUGGUGUCGAUAGUGGUAGAGGAGAUCGUCAUGGAAGUCGCGAGCGUCGCAGUCGUGAGAGACCAACCAGUAGGGAUCGUAAUGCUAGUCGUGACAAACGUGACAGCAGAGAACGUCACACGAGUCGUGAUCGUCACAUGACUCGUGAAAGACCUGGAAGUCGAGACAGACAGGACAAUCGUGAUCGUAGGGAUAGCCGAAAUCAGGAAAGACAGCGAGAACGUUCCCGAAGCAUGAGACGAUCACGAAGUCCCAUGAGAAGCAGAAUGGAUAGAGAUCGUAAUGAUCGGUUCAGAAGGUCCAGAUCCUUAUCUAGAAACCGUAGGGAUCGAGAUCGUGAUCGGCACGGAAGAGACUUUGACAGGGAUCGUGAGAAAAAUGGUAAGAGGGAACGUAAUGAUAAGUACAAGGAUUCUCUAUCGGAAGGCUUGAAGGUUGAACGUUCCGAAAGCUCCAGUGAAGAAGAUAUCAAGGAUAUUGAUAUUGAGGAAGAGGAAGACGAAGAGGCCAUUAUCGAGCGUCGAAGAAAACAAAGAGAAGAACUACUAAAAAGAUUAGGAGGUCCUAACGAGGAUUCGAAUAUGUCGGCUGACUUAAAUGCCGUAACACAUUCACCUCCUUCGGAAAGUCAGUCGAACGUAUCACAGAAAUCCGUAGAAAUUGCCUCAAACAAUAACGAAUCUACCUCGGAGAGUCAUACUCCACCACUGCCAGAAAAAGCAAAAUCCCCGCAGCCUGUGAAGAAGAGGAAAUCGAGAUUCGAGGAUGCCCCGUCGACGGAGGAAUCUGAGAAGCUGGAAGAUUUAAGAAUCAUUGAAAAACCAAAACUGGAGGACAAGCAAAAUCCCAAAAAGGCUAACGAGUGGGAUAUGUUUGCUGAAAUCGAUAAUCCUGCGGAUUUCAGUAGCCCAACUGUCGAAGGAAAGCGACCCGGUGGUCCAGACAAUCCCAGUUUAACGGAUAACUGGGACGAUGCUGAAGGAUAUUAUCGAGUCCGCGUUGGAGAAACCUUAGAUUCACGUUACAUAGUUUAUGGCUACACUGGACAAGGUGUCUUCAGUAAUGUUGUCAGAGCCAGGGACAGCGCCCGAGGAAAUCUUGACGUGGCAGUCAAGAUUAUACGAAACAAUGAAAUAAUGCAUAAGACAGGUCUCAAGGAACUAGAAAUUCUUAGGAAAUUGAAUGACGCCGAUCCGGAGGAUCGUUUUCACUGCCUGCGUUUAUUUAGGCACUUUUUUCACAAGAAUCACUUGUGUAUGGUUUUCGAACCACUAGCUAUGAAUUUAAGAGAAGUUUUGAAAAAGUACGGUAAAGAUGUGGGCCUGCACGUAAAAGCGGUAAGGUCGUAUACCCAGCAGCUUUUCCUGGCGUUGAAAUUGCUGAAACGCGCAAAUAUAUUGCACGCCGACAUUAAACCGGACAAUAUUCUAGUCAGCGAAAGCAAACUAGUAUUAAAGCUCUGCGACUUUGGCUCAGCCUCUCACGCGCAUGAAAAUGAAAUAACGCCGUACCUCGUAUCAAGGUUUUAUCGUGCCCCUGAAAUCAUUCUUGGUAUACCCUAUGAUUUUGGCAUUGACAUGUGGUCCGUGGGCUGUACCAUAUACGAAUUGUACACUGGAAAGAUCAUGUUCUCGGGGAAGACGAAUAACCAGAUGCUAAAGUUCUUCAUGGACCUGAAGGGCAAAAUGCCUAACAAACUGAUUAGGAAGGGCACGUUCAAGGACCAACAUUUUGACACUAACUGCAACUUCCUCUACCACGAGGUCGAUAAAGUCACCGAGCGGGAGAAGGUCGUAGUAAUGUCGACCCUUUCCGCGAGUCGUGAUAUCAGCGCUGAGCUUGGUGGUAAUUCCUUACCUCCUGAGCAAAACCGGAAGGUCGCGCAGCUGAAGGAUCUGCUAGAGAGAACGCUGAUGCUGGAUGCAGGCAAGAGAAUAACGGUGAACCACGCCCUGGCGCAUCCAUUUAUACAAGAAAAAAUAUAGAUGAGUCUUCGAUUCAAAAUCGUCGUUAAGUGCGGCCGGACCUUACAAGGGCCUUUAGCGCUGUUCCCGUUGCAAGCCCUCCCUGUGAGGAGGGGAGGCAAUGGAAGAUCAAGGAGAAAAGGGCUAAGAGCUGCACCUACCUCUUCUUCUCACACACCCACGUAGAACGACAGAUUCUCGACUACUUCGGCUCCACAGACUGAUUUAACUAUAUUGAUGUCACCACACACAGGUUUGUUCAGGCCAAUUCGAUGGAACGUUUUGCCUGCAAGUUGCUUUGGUAAGUAAGAACGCGCACGACAGGUAAGAUAAUUAUUAAGUGAUAAAGAAAUACAAUGGUGGGACGUGGCCCUUAAGUCGGCGAUCAGGUUUGUUCUACGCGUUACAGGAUGCUUCGUUAAUGAAAAAUUUAUUAUUUAUUUCUUAAAUAUUCACGCGAAUUCACUGUAACGAAAGUGGAAUGGACCUGAAUCAUAAUUGGGUACGAUUUAAUCGAUGACGUUCUGAGCUUUCAGAUUUUCAUGUGGAUUCGGUCAUCAGAGAUUUCUAACUACUGGAUAUGAAUUUCGAUGGAGAACUAAAUCAAUGUUACUGCUACUCCUCCACACUGCCUAAUCAAGUGGACGGAUGCUGUUGGUAGAAAUUUUUGCCUGGAAUACUGUCAUCGAGGAUUUUCAGAAUAAAUCUUUUCCUCUCUUAUUUUACUGAA